AUGUCCUUUGACUCGCCGACCUUUGACAUUUCUGACUAUUCGUACGUGAUUGGCAUUGAUUUCGGCACCACUUUCUCAGGGUGCUGCUACGCCUUCACUAGAGAUAACAGCGAAGAAAUAUUCGAUAUCAUACGAUGGCCACGGCAGACAAAUCCAUAUCCAAAAACACCAACGAUAUCACUGUAUCCGCAGGGAUCGACAAAGAUGACGGCCUGGGGCCAAGAAGCUCGACGAAUGGCACAGCGACGCAACAACGACCAUUUAUUGUCACGGUUCAAGCUCCAUCUCGACGAGAAUCUUUUCGAUCUCCCACCACUUCCCAAUGGCCUAACCGCCUUGGACACAAUUUCACACUAUCUCGAGGCGUUCCAUGCACACAUCUGCGCCGAGCUGCAGCGUAGCUUUGCAUCAAACUACGACCAAUCCAAGUUUCGCUACUGUUUGACAGUGCCUGCAAUGUGGAGCGAUCAAGCCAAAGCAACGAUGCGUGAGGCUGCGAUCCGUGCAGGCAUCAUCAACCGAUACGACCACCCGGACCGAUUGAUGCUGAUCAGCGAGCCCGAAGCUGCAGCACUGUAUUGUGAAAAGAAAUGCGACCAGUUCAACUUGGGCCAUGGACAACGGUUCAUGAUUUGCGAUGCCGGCGGUGGUACUGUGGACCUGAUUGUGUUUGAAAUCGACGACUCGUCGGGAAGGAGGUCGCUGAGAGAAGUGACGAAGGGUCAGGGGGACUCGUGCGGCUCGACCUUUUUAGAUGCCCGGAUGCGUGAAUACCUCAAAGACCGCUUCUACGGCCUGGGGAGAGUGAGCGAUACUGCUAUGGAGUCGAUGAUGGAGAACUUUAUUGAAGGCAUCAAGCCCCAAUUUGAGGGUGAUGAGGAUCAAUUCCUCCUUCUUCCUGCCACAUUAGGUCUGGCGAGUAUGGACGAUCCCGCCAACGGGAUCGAGGACGGCAAUUUGCGUAUCACUGCCGAAGAUCUAUGCGAACAUGUAUUUGAGCCGGUCGUACAAAAGGUCUUGGACUUGAUUGACGCGCAGGUUCGCCAAUCACAUGUGCCCUUGGAUGCCGUCUUCUUAGUAGGCGGUUUUGGUCAGUCUGAAUACCUUCGUCGACGCGUGAUUGACGAGUUUUCGCGCCGCGUAGGCUUCAUUGGUGUGCCUCCCCGAGGUGAAUUGGCUGUCGUCAGAGGCGCCGUCUAUUUCGGUUUGAACCCACGCAUGGUCACUGAGCGUGUGUCACGUAGAACCUAUGGUGUGGAGACGCGUAUGGUGUUUGACGCGCGACAGGACCCGCAGGAGAACUGCAUCCAGGGUGAUGGCGGCCGUUUGUUCUGUAAGCAGCGCUUCAGUGUUUAUGUUCAAAAGGGCCAGCGGGUCAAAGUGGAUGAGUGUGUUUCCAAAAACUUUAUGAUUGCCUAUCCAAACGACACCGAUACCGAUUUGUUUGCAUAUGAUGGAGACGGCGCAGUGCCCCGUCUGACGACCCAUCCACAAGUGUUCAAGGUAGCGCGCUUCCCGAUCAAAAUGCCCAAAUUCAGCGGUGUGCAAAAGGGCGAGCCAAUCUUUAUGACCAUCAAGAUGUUCUUUGGCCAAACCGAAAUCAAAAUCGAGGUGCAUAUCCGCGACCGUGUGUUUACAUUCACGUCUGCUUUUGAGACAUUAGAGCGCGGACUGAACGGAGCAAUGGCAGGCCUUAACUUGGAUGUGCCACAUACGCCACCUGGAAACAGCCUGUUUAGCAGCGGAUCCACGUCCAACUUAUCAAGCCCCAACACCACAUCGCGCCCUCCUUCCCUGGGUAACAAUCAGGAUCCGUAUGUAUACCCACCGCCCAUGUCGCGGUACCCUCGCAGCUUCAGGGGUGAUGAUGAUGAUGGAUCGUUCUAUGACGGUCUGCAUGGCACCGCCAAAAAAUUACUUGGUCCUUUCAAGAUCGGUAGACGGAACAAGUAG